GGGGCGGUGAAAAGGAGCGGCGGGAGUAGAGGGGGGGGGUGGGACGGACCCGGCAGCGCCGCCGCCGCCGCCGCCCGCCAUGAGGGCAGCGCUCGCCCCCGGGGUCCGCCUGCUCCGCGCCCUCCCCCGGGACAGCCGGUACCGGGGGUUGACGUUGGUGUUGACCUUCCUCUGCUACACCAGCUACCACCUCUCCCGAAAACCCAUCAGCAUCGUCAAGAGCCAGCUACACCCCAAUUGCUCGGCCUUGGGCCCGAACCCCCGCAACGACUCCAACAGCAGCACGUGGUGCAGCUGGGCACCCUUCGAUGGGGACAACUACAAGGAGCUUUUCGGGGCGCUGGAUAACGCCUUCCUGGUGGCCUACGCCAUCGGGAUGUUUAUCAGCGGCAUUUUCGGGGAGCGGCUCCCCCUGCGCUACUACCUCGCGGGGGGGAUGGUGCUGAGCGGGCUCUUCACCGCGCUCUUCGGCCUCGGCUACUUCUGGGACAUCCACGUCCUCUGGUACUUCAUCAUCGUGCAGGUCUGCAACGGGCUGGUGCAGACGACGGGCUGGCCCGCCGUCGUGGCGUGCGUCGGGAACUGGUUCGGGAAAGGAAAGAGAGGUUUGAUCAUGGGCAUCUGGAACUCGCACACCUCCGUCGGCAACAUCUUGGGGUCGCUCAUCGCCGGCGCCUGGGUUUCCUCAGCCUGGGGCCUGUCCUUCGUCGUGCCCGGCAUCAUCAUCGCCGCCGUGGGCAUCGUCUGCUUCUUCUUCCUUGUGGAGUAUCCCGAGGACGUGGGCUGCAGUCCGCCUCUGCAUCACAUGGCCUCCGACGAGGAGGAUGCUGGAGGGGUGACCUCCAACGAGAAGGAUCCCGAAGGAGUCACCUCCAACGAGGGGCCACUGAGCAUCUCAGGCCAGAGCAGCACGGACCGCUCCGACAGCCCCAAGGAGCCAGUGGAGGAGCCCGAAGCCAUCAGCUUCCUUGGGGCGCUCCGGAUCCCCGGCGUGGUGGAGUUCUCCCUUUGCCUGCUCUUUGCCAAGCUGGUGAGCUACACCUUCCUCUACUGGCUGCCCCUCUACAUCGUGAACGUGGCUCAUUUCAGUGCCAAGGAAGCCGGAGACCUGUCGACCCUCUUUGACGUCGGAGGCAUUUUAGGGGGGAUCUUCGCCGGCCUCAUCUCUGACUACACGGGCGGCAGAGCCACCACGUGCUGCGUGAUGCUGGUUGUCGCCGCUCCCAUGCUGUUCUUGUAUAACCACGUCGGCCAGAAUGGCAUCGGCACGUCAAUAGCGAUGCUGAUCGUCUGCGGCGCUCUGGUUAACGGGCCCUACGCUCUCAUCACGACAGCGGUUUCGGCAGAUUUGGGCACCCAUGAGUCUCUCAAAGGAAAUGCCAAAGCCCUUUCUACCGUCACGGCCAUCAUCGACGGCACAGGAUCCGUAGGUGCCGCACUGGGGCCGCUGCUCGCCGGGCUCAUCUCCCCCACGGGCUGGAAUAACGUCUUCUACAUGUUGAUAGCAGCCGACGUCUUGGCUUGCCUGCUCCUGGCUCGAGUGGUGGUCAAAGAGGUCCGUGGGUGGUGCGGCUGCAUAGCAAGGAAGAGAGGCUCUAGCGUGCAGCUAACAGAGUCAGUGCUGGAUGGGAAGUAGCUUGUGUGACAGACCAAUAGUCUGGGCCUCGCGCUGCGGUUUAAGGAAUUUUGACGCGUCCCCCACGAGCCGCUCCGAGCCGAGAGGCCCGGAGGGAAGACAGAGGCUGGGGCACGCCAGGAGCGUGUUCCUCUCGGCAGAGCCGAGGCUUGGCCUCAGGCACGGCCCCGCGAGCCCGUACCGCCACCACGGGUUUGCUUCGGAGGGAGGCAGCGGCAAGGAGCAGUCCGAGGGCCCUGGCCGACCGGUUUUCUGGGCCGAUUCUUCACCCUUGGCCGUUUUAUGAAUAAAAAACAUGCAAAACCUGUGUUGCCACUCCACGCCUUUUCCUGGUGGGGCUCGGCCAGGUCUGCGUGGACUCGGGGGCGAUGAUCGCUUUUCCCCACAGGCAGUCUCUCGUGCAGGCCUGCUCCGUCCCAGCGCUCGGUAUUUCAGGACACUGGACCAGGAGGGCUGUGCCAGGUCACUUGAGGCGCCGCUUAUUCUACAUAGAGAACAUCCCCGGGCUUUUCUCCGAGCCCUAAUUAAGCUGGUGUUGUUCUUCGUCUCAUC